UUAAGGAUAAAGCGGUCAAGGGUGUGACCUUUGAGACUGUUUGAAGAUCUGUUCUGAAAACUAUAAGCCAGGCGGAAAGGGGUGUUUUAUUGCGUAGUAGCUUAUGAAAACGGCGCACACAGGUCUUCUCAGAUAACCUGCCAAUGUCCCAAUCUUGUCCUUGUUGCUUGUGGACGAUUAUCUUGAUCACACCGUGAAUUGCACCCUCUGCUAUUGGUCAUGUGACCUGCGCACAAAGGGUCCAGUCUUUUCCCCUUGGACCAACGUGUUGGUUUUAAGACAAAAAAGAAAACAACAGAGCGAUUGUAAAGAUAAGACUUGGGGAUAAUUAACAGCAAAUCCAGACUCAACAAACGUAAUGCCCCAUCAUCCAUUGGUCGUGAAGAAGGGAGGAGGUUUGUUGGUGUGAGGUUGAAUGAUGUGUGUGUGGUCGUAAAAUGUGGUCUUGUUCGUGAGGACCGUUAUAUAAACGGGGCGUACGCUUCAAGCCGACCCAUCUCAAAACGUGAAGCCCAACCAUGAGUCCAUGCGUCUUCUCAGUCUUGGUCAUUUUGUGGCUGUCAAUGGCUGUGGAAAUGGCCACCUUGGAGGGCCAGCAGAUCCUCCAAGCCUUGCACUGUCCACCCUGCGAACGCAUUCAUUGUUCCCCUCGUAAAGCGCUGAAGCUCCAGUGUCAGGGUGGUGUAACCACUGGGAUUUGCGGUUGUUGUCCAGCCUGUGCCAAACUUGCAGGAGAAAGCUGUGGAGGCACCUGGGACUACCUGGGGAAGUGCGAUGAAGGGCUGGUUUGCGUUUACCAAGAAGCUACAGAUGGAAAACCAGAGGCAGAACGCAAGGGAACCUGCAAAUCAGUGCUUGAGGUUCUCAAAGCCGACACUUGCAGACCUGAGUGCACGUGGGAGUUCUGCAAGGCAAAUCCCAAUGAAAUAUGCUCAGCAAGGUCUGUGUCGAUGGAGAAGCGUGAGUGCGGAGGUCACUGCCAGCACACAACCUGCUCCAGCUGCUUGGUUCUCAGACCUCCAUCUUGUGCUCAGUCCUGUUCCCCAACAGACCACGUCUGUCUGCAUCGCUUUGGAAGGUGUGUGCGUGGUCACCUGACCGAAGAAAAACAUCCAUCCGUCUGCCACCAGAACCUACAGAACAACUCUGAGGGAUUCUUUGUGUGUUUGGCUCCUGCCUGUCCAACUGCAGCAAACUGAUUCUACAUUUUAAGAGGAACUCAAAUAAUACAAUUCAGUUAUAAAAUGUAGCACAAAAGGCAGCUAUUUUUAUCAAUGCAUUUCAUUAUUAUGUAAAAAUGUUACUGUAUAAUAUAAAUCAUGAAUAAUAAAAAAUGUGAUUUAUAAAUGCUGUGAAAUUUUACGCAUUAAUGUUGUACAGCUCCUAUGUUUUAUACAAUCUUAAACACUUCUGUGUUGUUGUCAUUAAAACAUGAUAAAACAGUGUUAACUCUGCAUAUGUAUUCUAAUAUUGGUUUGUGCAAAUGAUUUAUGAAUAAAACUGGCUUUCAAUUUCAUUUAUAUAUAUAUAUAUAUAUAUAUAUAUAUAAAUA